AUGCUAGGUAAGUUUUACUCUAUUGGACGCGAAGCCUUUUCCUUUAUCGUUCUUGCCACUUUCAUCUAUAAACAUCGUCAAAGCAGAAAAAAAAAACUAGUAAUUCUCUUGUUAAAAGUCCUUCAUCUGUUUUCCUUUCCGUCUUUUGUUGUCGUUUUUCUUUUUUCUUCUAUUUUUCUUUUUAUCUUCAUUCCAUCCCUCUAUUUUUUUUUUCUCAUAUCGGAUGGAGAAAUUUCCGUAAUUCACUCACGUAUUACAUAUUAUAUAAAUAUCUAUCUAUCUAUCUAUCUAUCUAUCUAUCUAUCUAUUCCUGUUAUACAUUAUUGGGAUUCUGUCUGUCUGUCUCUCUCUUUCUCUCUGAAUGUCUCUCUGUUUCUCUCUCCCUGUUUCUCUCUCCCUUUCAUCCUCUCACCCUCUCUCUCCUCCUCACCCACUCUCAUUCUCUCUUUUAUUCUCUCCCUUUCUCUUUCUCUCCCUUUCUCUUUCUCUCCCUUUCUCUUUCUCUCCCUUUCUCUUUCUCUCUCUUUCUCUUCCUCUUUCUCCUUUCUUUCUCUUUCUCCUUUCUUUCUCUUUCUCUUUUCUUUCUUUCUUUCUUUCUCUGCGUACGUAUGA